GCCAAGAGGGAAUAGUGUCACUUGCCAGUAGGGUACUUUGGUUCACAUAAAUUUGGUUGAAGCUCGCUUCAAACAACUUCAUUUUUUUCUAGUUAUUGAUGAUUUGUGAUUAUCCAUCAUACGUAUCUCCGCUUGGCAAUGUAUUCCUCGAAACCUUUGAAUAUUAACAUGCGAAUGAACCCUCAUGUGUACUGUCGUUUUACAGAAGUACUACGACAUCCGCUAGUGCAACGAUGUGAAGAAUUAAGCCAAAUAUUUGAACAUGAAAGCAUUCACAAUUUGUACGACAUAUUUCCAAUGCUUAUUAACUCGAUCUUCGAUCUAAACGGCCCAGGAUGGAAUCUUCGUAAGAUAACACGCGAGAAUGCACGGUAUGAGUUCGAGUUGUUGCAUGAUUUUUUCUCUCCCUUGCGAGGUCCAAUGAUCCGGCUCUGCUAUAAGAUAAUGGAAAUAAGCAGAUAUGAAGUGCCUAUUAGAAAUUUGCCGAUUAAAAUGCAGCAUAUGCUAGUUGCCGGUUUAUAUCCACCAUUCUAUUCAAACCGCGUUAGGAUCGAUCCGUUUCGACGACGUGCCGUUGCAUUAGUGCUAAAUUCGUUUGAAUAUUUUCUGAUCAGUUUCGCUUUGUACGGUAUAGUUCCAUUGCGUAAUUUGUACCCAAAUAUUGCAGCAAACAGUGUAGAAAAUAGUCGUAGUGAAACAAUUUAUUUGAUUCUUGCGGCGGAUCUUUUCAUCGUUUCUGUGCCGAGCCAUCCGGACGUAUACCUGUUAGCGCCGGAAGUUGCCCCAAUGCGACCAGCACCACCUAUAACGCGAUCCAAGAAAAAAAACCAAAAAGAUUCUACAAAACCGCUGAAAUACUUGCUUCCCCAGCGACUAUUCAUCCAAGCUCCUGUGGUAAAACCACAUCGGGUAGACGCAAUAGCGGAAGCUUUCCAUUGGCGCGCUGAGGGUGUAAUUUACAUCUUGGCUGACGUUUGGCUCGGAACGGAGGUUAAUGAAUCGGAAAUCAUGCCAGAUAUCGAUUUGGUGCGGUAUGUGCGAAUACUGGUCAAGCAACUCCAUGGAUUUUCUAACUGUACUGAAGUGGGCACGAACACCCAGAUAGAGAUGUUGCGUCGCGACACGGAGGGUUUAAUUGUACCGCGUAUUACAGUUUUUCUACGUUAUUUGUUCAUGCUUUGGCCCCUCGAUCAAUCGUUCAUGGACGUUUUAGAGCUGUGGCUCAGUUAUAUCCAACCCUGGCGCUACAUCGAUGGAAAGCCCCGUAAUCGCGAAUAUGACGAGCCAAUAGAUUCCCAAUACAAUGGAUUCAUCGCGUGCAACCUAAACGUGUACAGCGAAAUGUUCGUUUGGCUGAUGCUGCGAAUAGCGGCGAGUGAUGAACCAAUUCAGCGUUACACCAUGCUAUUGUUCCGCACUUUAAAAGUAUUUGGUCAAGGCAAUCUGCUUCAGCUGUUACGUCAGCAAAAUGAACGACAAUCCAAGAUAAAGAUGGAUUCAAAUACCGUUGCUAACAUAUUACCAGUGAAGCGAGAAAAAUUCGAACUUAUUACCUACCCGUUUGAUGAUUUUCGCCCUAACCUUAUUCGACACGAGGCCCUGCUGAUACCGAUGUUCACGGAACAGGUACAGAUCGCUCUUGAAACUAUUACGGGAAAUAUUUGUACUCGUAUACUCGACAAUCGAUCUGUGUUGGCAGAACUAGCCAUCGAAACCGAAUUUGCGCGUCAAUCGUGGACGCGAUGGAUGCCGUUAACAUUUAUCCGACGCUUACAGUAUGAACGUACGGCAGCAGAAUUGAGCGAGGAACAGCGUCGGCUUGAAUUCGCGGUGCAAAUUCUUCAAGAGAGCUUCUUCAUAGUACCAGUGUACAAAGAACGUGAACCUACCCCGACACACAAAUUGUCUCUAUCGGAUCCCCUGAGAAUCGGUGACGAUGCGAUCAAACCGGUCGCUAGUAGUGAGUGCAAGUUUUUGGUGCGCUUUCUAUACCAGGUAAGCUUAAAGCUAAAUGUAAUGUUUGGUGAAGAUAUGAAACGAAUGUGGGAUCAAGGUGGAUUAAUUGGGAGAGUUGCACGGAGGACUCUGGAAGCGCCAUCUACGAUAGCCAAUUUUGCCCGUAUGCCUAUAUGUACCCAGGGCUCAAAAACACUGGUGUUCACGGAUGUGGGACCACGCAUCAAUUUACGCUUUCUAGCUUCGUACACGUCGAUAGUAAUCAUCUGUUGCUCGUUCUUGCUCGGAUAUAUUUUCUUCGGUGCACCGAGCUUCGGCUUUAUAGCUUUGUUACUUGUGGCGUUUCUGUAUGUACUUGUAAAACCAGAGAGCGACCUUUUUCGUCAACGUUUACACUUAUAAUACGUAUUUGAUUAAGUUUCAGCUAAGUUUUAGAAACGGAAUAUGGAUGUGGUUGUACUUUGCAGAAAAGUACUAUCAUUCCCCGAGUUACGCUAAUAAUGCGUGCUAAAGAAAUUCGCGUACCUCGAAUUUUCGCCUAAGUCGAUUAAAAGGAUCGUAUUACGAACGUCGUACUAAAGAAUCCAAUACUUAUUUAUACGUAUUAAUAUUAUAAUACGAUUUAUAAGUAUUAUUACAAAUCGUGUUAUGCGUAUUACAAAACAAUCACAAUUUGUACAUCAAUGUACACAAUUUCUCAAAUAUAACAUUAGUUUUCAACUUAUUUUAAUGUAAUAUUUGUAAAAAUCGUCUGAAUCGCUGAACAUAUUAAGUGCAGCGAAGGAAGUCGACUUUGUAACUUUGAAGUACAAACGAAAUUGCACCAUGAUUUGACUUACGCGGAAAUUCGAGUUACGCGGGUGAUUACGGGGUUAUAGCGGUCCAUUAUAAUAGCAUAUCUCGGGGACUGCCUGUAUUUGAAGUUUGACAUAUUAGAAAUUGAAAUCCAAGAUCUUGCAUUCGGGUAACUCGGAUAAUACAACUCGGACUGUACAAUAAUUUUAUGUUAAGCUGCAUAAUACAACUAAAACUUAACUCUGUCAACCACUAUCAUAUUCCAGGCUACUGGCUUUGGUACUUUGGCUACUGGUAGCCAGAAAGUUUGGAUGCAUAUUUUUGAAAACGUAAGCCAAUAUCAAUGCAACGUUCUAAUGAGAAUCAAUUUAACUUUUCAAGUUUACUCUGCUAUUAAUAUGACGC